GAGAAAGGCUUUCUCCCUCGCUCUUUGCUCCCCGCGGGCGGGCGCUCCCCGCCCUCUGCUGCCAGAACCUUGGGGAUGUGCCUAGACCCGGCGCAGCGCACGUCCCGGCCAACCGCGAGCAGAACAAACCCCUGGCGGGCGGCCAGGAGGCUCCCUCCCGGCCACCGCCCCCCGCCAGCGCCUUCCCCCCCCCCCACCGCCCCCAUACAAUACAAGAUCUUCCUUCCUCAGUUCCCUUAAAUCACAGCCCAGGGAAACCUCCUCCAAGCCUUCAUCCAGCCACGGGCCAGCAUGUCUGGGGGCAAAUACGUAGACUCCGAGGGACAUCUCUAUACUGUUCCCAUCCGGGAACAGGGCAACAUCUACAAGCCCAACAACAAGGCCAUGGCAGACGAGGUGAGCGAGAAGCAGCAAGUCUACGACGCGCACACCAAGGAGAUCGACCUGGUCAACCGCGACCCCAAGCAUCUCAACGACGACGUGGUCAAGAUUGACUUUGAAGAUGUGAUUGCGGAACCAGAAGGGACACACAGUUUUGAUGGCAUUUGGAAGGCCAGCUUCACCACCUUCACUGUGACCAAAUACUGGUUUUACCGCUUGCUGUCUGCGCUCUUUGGCAUCCCGAUGGCACUCAUCUGGGGCAUCUACUUCGCCAUUCUCUCUUUCCUGCACAUCUGGGCAGUUGUACCGUGCAUUAAGAGCUUCCUGAUUGAGAUUCAGUGCAUCAGCCGUGUCUAUUCCAUCUACGUACACACCUUCUGCGACCCGCUCUUUGAAGCUAUUGGCAAAGUAUUCAGCAAUAUCCGCAUCAACAUGCAGAAAGAAAUAUAAGUGACAUUUGAAGGAGAGAAGUAUACCUGAUUCUUUUUGUUUUAUUCUUUUAAUUUUCUUGGUGCCGAUUUCAAGUUUCAAGUUGCUAAUACAGCAGCAAUUUAUGAAUGAAUUAUCUUGGUUGGGAACAAAGAAAUCACUUUCUCAGUUUUCAUAGUCAUUAUUUGUCUCUUCUGAGCUACUUCAUCUGUUUUUUUGACAGUCUGAAUUUUUAAACCCAUUUAAAUUUUUUUCUUACCUUUUUAUUCAUGUGUGGAUCAAUCAUCUUUUUAUCGGCUCAGAUAUGAACAUAUUAUUGAAAGAUAAUUUGAGAGAAAUAUGAAGAACUGAAGAGGAAAAAAAUAAGAACCAACAGCCUCAACUGCCUGGUCUAAAAUGUCGGGCACUCCAUGGUAAGGGAAGAAUUCCAGGCCACAGCCACUCAGAGCACAAGUGUGUGGGCAGAGUAUAAGCAAACUCUUGUCCCACCAUCUGAGGAGUUAGUGGAUCACUGCCACUCAUUUUAAUAAUCCAGUGGGAUCGAGUGAUCCUUACAAGUUAGAAAACAUAAUCUUCUGCAGUUUCAUGAUCCGACUAUUGCCUUAUUCUUUUUGAAAUUUUAACCUAUGACACUUUCUGUGCUUGAAUAUUUGUCAUACAGAUAAUGAGACUUAAGUGCCUUCCUGUUUUUCACAUUUUCCUUUUCAAGUCGGGGCUAACUCAUCCACUUUCUUCAGGGAGGUCAGCAGCCUCCCUAAGACCAAAAUUAGAAAAUCCAUGACCUGCUUUUCCAUGCUUGUUUCUGACUCUGAGUUAGAGUCCGGGAACGCUCAUGUCUGCACUCGAGCAUGCAGCAUCUAUAUCCGUAGCGAGUAUGGUUGACAUUAGCCCGAUAAAACGAAUUAAAGUGGACGAAUGGGCUGAGCCCUCUCUGGGCUGGCGGGAGUGGAAGCCAACUCUCCCUGCCUCUCAUCAGCUCAAUGAGGUCAGCAUGCCUAUUCAGCUUCGUUUAUUUUCAAGAAUAAUCACGCUUUCCUGAAUCCAAACUAAUCCAUCACCGGGGUGGUUUAAUGGCUCAACAUUGUGUUCCCUUUUCAGCUGAUCAGUGGGCCUCUGGGAAAUGGCUGUCAAAAUGGAGGCCAUUGUGUGAGACUGUCAGGGUUGCUGCAAACAUGACCCCUUCUGAGCAAAGCACUUGCAACUGUCCGUUAUGCUGUGACACGAGGCCCCUCCCCCGGCCAGGAGCUCUGGACCUAAUCCAAGCAUCACUUUGCUCAGAAAGAAGAUGGGGGAGGAGGCAGUCAUAAAAGAGUGAAGUAAUUUGCUGGAAUAAGUUCAAAUUCUUCUGAACUCAAACUGAGGAAUUUCACCUGUAAACCUGAGUCAUACAGAAAGCUGCCUGGUACAUCCAAAAGCUUUUUAUUCUUCCUGCUCAUAUUGUGAUUCUGCCAUGGGUGUUAAACCUUCAGUUAUGCUUUUAUUUCCCUACACUUAUUGGAACUCUGCUUGACUUUUGCCUCUUUUAGUUUUUCUGACAUUCUAAUUACCAACCUGUUACCUACUUUGAUAUUUUGCAUUUAAAACAGACACUGGCAUGGACAUAGUUUUUCUUUUAAACUGUGUACAUAACUAAAAUGUGCUAUACUGCAUACUUUUUAAGUGUAAAGAUAUUUUAUCUUUAUGUGAGGAAAAUCACUUGGGAAAUGGCUUUGUAAUUCAAUCCGUAAACUGUGUGUUCCAAGACAUGUCUGUUCUACAUAGAUGCUUAGUCCCUCAUGCAAACCAAUUGCUGGUCCAAAAGAUUGCUGAAAUUUUAUAUGCUGACUGAUAUAUUUUACACUUUUUUAUCCUGCAUGUCUUCAAGGUUACAAGUCUGCACAAUAAAAAUCUUUAAC